GGGGCCAGCCUCCCCUGGCCAGCUGAGCAGUCUGGCUUCGCAGUCAACAUGAAGGCUCUCCUGACUCUGGGGCUUCUCCUCCUCUCUGUCGCCGUCCGGGCCAAGGUCUAUGAGAGGUGUGACCUGGCCAGAACCUUGAAAAGACUUGGAAUGGAUGGCUACAGGGGAGUGAGCCUGGCAAACUGGAUGUGUUUGGCCAAAUGGGAAAGUAGUUACAACACCCGAGCUACAAACAACAAUCCUGGAGACAAAAGCACGGAUUAUGGGAUAUUCCAGAUCAAUAGCCGCUACUGGUGUAAUGAUGGCAAAACCCCAGGAGCAGUUAAUGCCUGUGGUAUACCCUGCAACGAUUUGCUUCAAGAUGACAUCACUAAAGCUGCAACCUGUGCCAAGAGGGUUGUCAAGGAUCCACAAGGCAUCAAAGCAUGGGUGGCCUGGAGAAAUCACUGUCAAAACAAAGAUGUCACUCAGUAUACCCGGGGCUGUGGAGUGUAACUGGACAGCUUUCCUUCUUCAGCUCCUUUUCUCUCGUUUUCCUAUUCAGGGAGUAGCAGUUGAGUAAAAGUUCACACCUUUUUCAAAUAAAUAAUGUUUUUACAGAAGCAGGAGCAAAAUACGGUCUUUCUUCUAAGAGGCCAAUGUUGUCUAAUGUGUUAAUUAUUGGGUAUUAAGUCUACAACAUGUUUCAGUGUGCUGAUAGAGCUACUGCUGGUGAAAAUUUACCUAAAUCUUGAUUACCAAAUACGUCUCCAGUACAUUCAGUUCUUCAUCAAAGACUUCAUCUUGAAUGACACCAGUAUUCCUCAAUGUUUGAUAUAUAUGUAACAAAAGACUAUCUUAAAACACAUUGACCUCAGGCAAAAUCUCAGCUGUGUAGGCAUUUGAUGUGUUCAUCUGUUCAUUCGCCUCCCAAAACAGUAAAAGAUACCCAUUCUUUGUUGGGCAACAUCAAAUUUACAAAAGAACAGAAUGCCAAAUAGCUGAAAAUGGAGACGGCCUGGAUUAAGAAUAUUGUUUUGAUUAAGUGUGAUCUUUGGUUUAAAUGCUUUCUUAGAAAUGUUACUUUUAUACAGCUUUAAAAAUGAACUCACAAUUUAUAUAUCCAUCUACUUUAGUCCUUUAAAGAACUUUUUUGUGCAUCUUGCUGAUCAUGAAGGAAUAUCAAGAAGGAUUAGAUUAGCUCUUGCUGUUUCUUAAUUUUAUAAGCUUAGAUUCCUGCAUUAUGACUAAAACUGGAGGCAAAUGAGUUUGAAAGUAUUGACAUAAUUGCUAAUUAACCACCAGUAUGAACUUACCAUGUUGUUAAAAAAAUAAACAUUUUCAUUAAAGGACU